AUGGCACGAUUACGACAGGCUCCAUCAAAUGCCCCAGAGGCUACUGGCUCCUUCCAGGAUUCAAAGGUUGUUCGUGAAAAUGAAAAAGCCUUUGCAGAUCCUGUUCACCACAAAUAUACGAGUCCAGUUAUCCGGAGAAGGGACAACAAAGAGAAAGUAACUAUUUACGAAGAUGAACCUGACAAAAAGGAUUAUUAUAAAGAUGACGAGGAGUAUCGACGAGGCGACUCCGGAUAUCUCGACCUCGACGCAGAGGAAAGCGGCACGGAGGAUAGCGAGACCGGGAUAUUGGAUAAAGAUCGGGAUCAGUAUGGCAGCGAGGAAGAAGAAAGCGAAGAUGUCGACGAUUCAGAAGCCUCAAUUGAACGACCAGGGCCAAGAGCAAUUGAAUCGACCGGGUUGGGAUCGCACAGGAAGAGGCGACUACGGCCAUUGGGCUUCAAUAAGAAAAACAUCUUAUACCAAGUUCGGCGGGUAUCAGGAAGGGAGGAAAGUCGCUACAAUGAUUACUCGUCAGAUAAUGAAAACACCAACCCUGGAAGCGGAGAUUACGAAAAGGAGAAUGACGAGAAAGGUCUGUUCAACGAAACCAAAUCUAGCGCCUCUAGUGCUCGACCCGGAAAGGUUAUCACAGAAAGUCGCUUCUCUGUUGGAAAACGUAUAAAGAAGCCGAGCAUAACUGAGCAAUAUAUAUCAGAAAAGGACGAGAAAGGAAGACUGGACGAAGGUGACGAUGACGAUGAUGGUGAUGAUGAUGAUGGUGAAUUUGACUCUCUGGAUGAUUUUAUUGUUGGUGAUGAUGAGAACAUCAGCUACCACGAAAGCACUGACGAAAUUGAAGAAAGUGAAGAUGAAAUAAUUGUCAAACCGAGAACACCAGCAAGAAGAUUAUUCAGAGGGAGAAGACCACAGAAUAAGGAAAAUACCACAAAGAACACAAAUGUUGAAACCAACACACAAGAUGCACCCGAUGCAUCUGAUAUUGAUGAUCUAGCUGAAAUCUUAAACAAAACAAAGCUUUCCAAACCAGACCUUCAACCAAAACUAUCCUUUCGUAAAGCUCAUCCAGUAUUGCCAGAGCGGAAGGAUCAAGAUAGCAGCAAAAUGAGCGAUGACGACGAGAGCGAUGGCGCACAGUCAUCGAACAAUCAGCCAAUAAAAAAGGUAGUGGAAUUCGUCACUCCUCCAACCAGUCCAUCAAAGCCGCGGCUCCAAUCGCCAAAAAAGACCCCAAAACGAAUUCCUCCAUCCCCUUAUCGACCAAGUAUAGAUGCUUUCUGGAGCCAGGAUAUCAUCAAUGGUUGGAACGACAAAUUUUCGCCUAAAAAACUGCAGUCUCCACGGAAGUGGCCACAAACUUUUACAAUCUUCUCCGACAACCAGAGCGACGAUAACGGCGAUGAGAACUCCCCGCUCUCAUCCCCAGAGAAAGCGCCACCGCUUUCUCCGAAGAAGGCCAAAGGAAGUCCUACAAAAUCAAUCGCAGCAAUCAAGAAGGCUGAGAAACGCGAAUUUGAUAAGAGAAAAGUUUCUCUUGCAGAGAAGUUCUUUAAGGAAUUAGAUGACAGCGUGACGGGAGGUGAGAUCCAGAAAUUGGCAGCUGCAGCAGGCGGGGUGCGAAUAAUAUGGAGCAAUAAACUCAACACAACAGCCGGAAGAGCAAGUUGGAAACGCGAGCACAUUAAACAGAAACAACCUACGCAAACAGCGUCGAGUUGUUUUGCUGCUAGUCAUAAUUCGAGCGAUUCUAGGACAGCUAGUUCUCCUGAAUAUCUCCCAUCCCAGGCUGCUUACCGGCAUCACGCGUCUAUCGAGCUUGCAGAUAAAGUUGUCGAUUCAGACGAUAGACUCUUCAAUACCCUUGCUCACGAAUACUGCCAUUUAGCCAACUACAUGAUCUCGAACGUUCGUGAUAAUCCCCAUGGAGCGAGUUUCAAAGCGUGGGCGCAGAGAUGCAAAAAAGCCCUUAAUGAGAAUCCUUCUUAUGCAGGACGGGUUGAGAUCACCACCAAGCACACAUAUGCGAUCAAUUACAAAUAUAUUUGGUGCUGCGUGGAGUGUGCUCACGAGUAUGGAAGACAUUCAAGGAGUAUCGACCCAGAGAAGUCGAGAUGUGGGAAAUGUAAAGGGAAAUUGGUGCAAAUACAACCAAAGCCAAGGAAAACGGCUGCGAAGCAAGGAGAUGAGAGGAAUCGUACAGGCUUAAAGGAGUUGGCUGGAGGAGCAGACGCCAUGUUGACUUCGAUGGGGAGCAUUCGCCUAAAUAGUUGA